AUGAGUGUCAAGAAGCUUUUGACAAAAUCAAAGAAUAUUUGUCAAAUCUGCUGGUGUUGGUUCCGCCUGAGCCUGGAAGACCUUUGUUCUGCACUAGCUACCUUAGCUGCAAUGCUGCCGUAUCCGGGAAACGUCCAUAUUGACUUGUUGGAGAUUCAAAUCCGAGAAAGACAUGGUUAUUGCAACACGGUUGAAGUAGAACCAAAUGACCAGCCAUGGUAUCAUGAUAUUAAAAGGUUCUUGAAAACAAAGGAAUACCCUGAGCAGGCCAAUGGAGACCAAAAGAGAACCAUUAGAAGGCUUGCCAGCAGUUUCUUCUUAAGCGGAGAAGUGUUGUAUAAGAGAACUCCAGAUCUGAAUCUUUUAAGGCGUGUGGAUGCCAAAGAAGCUGAAAAGAUCAUGAAUGAAGUGCAUUCAGGAGUAUGCGGGCCCCACAUGAACGGAUAUGUCCUGGCAAAGAAAAUCCUACGGGCAGAUUUGGGCCAUCCAGAGCCAGAUAUUCGUGGAAGGGGCGUUCUUACGGAUUUAUUGAGCUUGACUCGAG